AUUUUUCAGUAGCCCUUUGACAUGAAAAGUCAAAUAGUUGUCAAAAAUCUAUAAAAACUGAAAUAAAACUUCAAAAUAUCACAAAUAUGUGGAUAAUUCGAUUGAAUAAAUAAAUGGUAAAUUCACUUUUAUCGAAGUCUGCACAUAUAAUUUCCAAUUUUAUGCUGUAAUUAGAUCAUGGCAUUAUCUUCCUUCAACAAAAUUUCAACCCUAUGUUCAAGAGAACUCCUGUUGAAUCGAAAAUCAGUUCCUGAUGCAUUCUUAAAACCUAUAAGACAUUUCAGAAAAGGUAAAGUGAACAAUGAAGGGCCUAAAGUUGAUCCAGAAAGUUUAGCAACUCCUUUCACAAAUGUUGCUGUGAAUUCUGGUACCCUACAUGUGGGCAAAUUAGUCAAGCCACUUGUUUUCACUGUAGCAUUUUCAGGGUCCUGCUUUCUUGGUGCAGCAAUAUGGGAGUAUGAAAAUAUGAGAUCACAUGCUUUGAGCAUGCUCAAAAAACCCAUAAAGUUUUUCAAGCAACAAUCAGAAUGGAAAACACAAUCUGUGAAUGAUUUAACAAGGCAAGUAACAAAUUGGUGGAAAGGAUUGACAGAAGGGGAAAAAGUCUUUGUUCCCGUUUGUGCUCUGAACAUAUUGGUAUUUUUAUCUUGGAGAAUACCUAGGUUUCAACCUUUCAUGAUGAAGUACUUCUGUUCGAACCCUGCAAGUCAGAAUGUAUGCCUGCCCAUGCUUUUAUCAACUUUCAGUCAAUACUCAGGAUUGCAUCUCUUGGCCAAUAUGUAUGUCUUACAUAGCUUCAGUACAGGUGCAGUACAUAGCUUAGGAAAAGAACAGUUUUUAGCCCUCUAUUUGAGUGCAGGAGUAGCAUCAAGUUUUACUAGCUAUAUGUACAAAAUCAUCACCAAGCAGCCUGGGUUAUCUUUAGGAGCUUCUGGGGCUAUAAUGGCGAUUUUGGGUUAUGUAUGCACUCAGCAUCCUGAUACAAGAUUAGGCAUAAUUUUAUUACCAAUGUUCACCUUCUCAGCUGGUGCUGCCAUCAAGUUCAUCAUAGGUCUUGACACAGCUGGUGUACUACUUGGAUGGAAAUUUUUUGAUCAUGCAGCUCAUCUGGGCGGCGCUGCUUGUGGAAUAUUUUGGGCCUUAUGGGGAAAUCAAUAUAUUUGGCAAAAACGAGAACCUGUAUUACACUAUUGGCAUGAACUAAGAGGUUCAAUAAAAUGAGUUUCAUACUAUUCAAUAAUGUAAAUAUCAUGAUAUCAUAUUUUAUUCUAGGUAAUUUAAGGUUCAGUAAAAGAUACCAGAAAACUGUAGUGCCCUUAUCAUAUUAUAUUAUAAAUUUUUGUGUACAGAAAAUUAUUUUGCUUUCACAACUUACUGGUCAGGUGGUCCACAUGGUACUUGAUGUGCUCACCAAUGAAGGAGGCUAUGUAAAAAUAUGAGUGAUCAUAACCUUCUCUUUUCUUCAAUACUACAGGAACUCCAGCUGCUUUACAGGCUUCAACAAGGUUUUCAGGUAAAAGUUGGCCUUUUAUGAAAAAUUCAUCAUCCAAUCCCUAAACCAAAUAUUCCUAAUGCAGGCCCAUUAUACUUCUUGACUAAUUCUGUGGCAUCCCAUUCACCCCAAGAACUAGUUUCUUGAGGACCCAAAUACCCAGAAAAGGCUUUGUGUCCCCAAGCACUUUUUAUUGGAUUUGAAAUAGGUGCAAAAGCAGAAACAGACUUGUACAGCCCUGGAUUUUUUAGAGCACAAAUGAGGGCACCAUGACCACCCAUACUGCAAAUAUACAAAAUUAACUCAAGAAUGAACUAUUAUCAUAAAUAUGUGUAUUGAUUUUGAAUGGAGAUAUUUUGUGAACCAUUUUAUAAAGUUGAGUUCAUAACUUAGGAUACAUACCUGUGGCCCAUAAUAGAUUGUAAUCCAGUUUCAACAGGAAAAUUGGCAUUGAUGAUACUUGGCAAUUCAACUGUGACAUAAUUGUACAUCCUAUAGUUUUUCUUCCAUGGCUCUUGAGUGGCAUUUAUAUAAAAACCUGCUGCCACUCCAAAAUCCCAACUUUCAGAGUCACCUGGUAUGUUCAGACCUCUAGGUGAUGUGUCUGGAUUAACAAUGAUCACACCAUGUUCAGAGGCAUAUCUAUAAUUUGAA